AUGCAAGCUCUGAGCAUUUGGCCUUCAAGAAGCGAGUCUUGGCCCUCUUUUGUGGUAACCCGAUUGGAUUUUGAAUUGGUUUCUUGUUAUAAUUCAAUUAAAAGGAAGCAAAGAAGAAAAAGAUUUUAUUUUUGUGAUUCUCUGAGUCAUAAGAAUGGGAAUAGUUUUAGGAGCCAAAAAUGGGAUAUGGGAUGUAAGUUCUUUUGUAUAUACUCUAGACCUGAAGUUUAUACGUUCUCUAAGCCAAAGAAAGGUUGUUUUGGUGAAUCUUUUGCGUUGACAUGGGCGUCGGAGGAACUAGCGGUUGGGAACAAUGUCAUGGAAGAAAACAUAGAUUCCUUGAAUGAUUUUUCUGAGAAUAAGGACAUUGGUCACGUUCGAUUGGAGAGCAUAAAGGUGAGGGACUCGAACUGUGGAAACAAAUAUGAUAGCGAAAGUGGUGACAAUGAUGAUGAUUAUGAUGAUCGGGAACAAGGGGAACUUCAUUUGAAAGAUAAGGUACGAAGUGAGAAUAGUAAAAAGGUGGAUUUUAGUCGUGUUCAAUUGGAGGCAGAAAAGGGGAGGGACUCGGUCCGUGGCAACAAAUGUGAUACCAAGGGUGAUGAUGAUCGACGACAAAUUCAUUUGGAAGAAAAGGUACGUAGAGAGAAUAGCACAAGGGUUGAUGUCCGGGCACUAGCAUUGAGUUUACACUCUGCCACAACUGCAGAGGAUGUGGAUGAGGUUUUAAGGGACAAGGGUGAACUGCCUCUUCAGGUUUAUUCAUCUGUACUUAGAGGUUUUGGCAAAGACAAAAGGCUAAAUUCUGCAGUGGCUCUUGUUCACUGGCUCAAGAGAAAGAGCAAGGAAACGAAUAGUUCUAUACAGCUCAAUGUGUUUAUAUAUAACAGCCUUUUGGGAGUUGUGAAAGAGACUGAAAAUUAUGAUUUUGUUGAACAAGUAGUAAAUGAUAUGGCUGUGGAAGGGGUUCAUCCUAAUGUUGUGACAUACAACACUUUAAUGUGUAUUUAUAUAGAGCAAGGUCGGGAAGUUGAGGCUCUUAAUCUUUUCGAAGAAAUGCCACAAAAGGGUGUAUCUCCAUCCCCUGCGUCUUAUUCUACGGUCUUAUUUGCUUAUCAGAGACUGGGAGAUGGAUUUGGAGCUUUGAGGUUUUAUGUUGACGUAAAAGAUAAGUACCAAAAAGGUGAAAUUGGAAAAGAUGAUGAAAAUUGGGAAUAUGAGUUUUCAAAGUUAAAGAAUUUCUGUAUUCGUAUUUGCUUCCAAGUCAUGCGGCGUUGGCUUGUGAAUAGCGAGAAUUUUAGCACUGACUUGUUGCGACUACUAAAGGAGAUGAAUCUUGUCGGGCUUCGUCCUGAACGUGCAGAACACGAGCGCCUUGUGUGGGCAUGUACUCGUGAAGAACACUGUGCUGUGGCUAAGGAAUUGUAUGCCAGGAUAAGAGAAUGGGACACUGAAAUAAGCUUAUCUAUAUGCAAUCAUGUCAUUUGGUUAAUGGGAAAGGCGAAGAAAUGGUGGGCAGCUCUUGAAAUUUAUGAGGAUUUGUUGGACAAAGGGCCGAAACCAAAUAACAUGUCCUAUGAACUGAUUGUCUCUCAUUUUAAUAUACUUCUGAGUGCAGCUAGAAAAAGAGGAAUUUGGAGAUGGGGUCUGAGGUUGCUCAACAAAAUGGAAGAGAAAGGCCUUAAACCCGGCAGUCGGGAAUGGAAUUCUGUUCUUGUUGCCUGUUCCAAGGCUUCAGAAACUUCUGCUGCUGUUCAGAUAUUCAAGAGAAUGGUCGAACAAGGUGAAAAACCGACAAUAAUCUCCUACGGGGCAUUGCUUAGUGCUCUUGAGAAAGGAAAACUCUACGAGGAGGCCGUUCAGGUUUGGAAACAUAUGCUUAAAGUCGGCGUUGAGCCAAAUUUGUAUGCAUAUACUAUUAUGGCCUCAAUUUAUGCUGGACAAGGAAAAUUCAACAUUGUUGAUUCCAUCAUCCAGGAAAUGGUUUCGGUUGGGAUUGAGCCAACUGUUGUCACAUUCAAUGCAAUUAUCAGUGGAUGUACACGAAAUGAUUUUGGAAGUGCAGCAUAUGAAUGGUUUCAGGGCAUGAAACUUCAAAACAUAACACCGAACGAGGUUACUUAUGAAAUGUUGAUUGAAGCGCUUGCCAAGGAUGGUAAACCGAGACUUGCUUAUGAGUUGUAUUUGAGGGCUCAGAAUGAGGACCUUGCUCUCUCUUCAAAGGCUUAUGAUACAGUAGUCCAAUCAUCAGAGGUAUAUGGGGCAACAAUCGACAUAUGCACACUAGGCCCUCGACCACCGGAGAAAAAGAGAAAAGUGCAGAUCAGGAAAAAUUUAUCAGAAUUUUGUAGCAUAGCUGAUGUUCCUAGAAGAAGUAAACCAUUCGACAGACAAGAAAUUUAUACUUCACAGAAAGAAGGAUUACACAAGUGA